GCGGCGAGGCGGGCGGCGGCAAGGGAGGAAGCUGGGAGGCGGCGGGCCCUGCGGAGCCGGGCGGACGCCAUGGGCCGGCUGCACUGCACGCAGGACCCCGUGCCCGAGGCCGUGGGCGGCGACAUGCAGCAGCUGAACCAGCUGGGCGCGCAGCAGUUCUCGGCCUUGACAGAAGUGCUCUUCCACUUCCUAACUGAGCCAAAAGAGGUGGAAAGGUUUCUGGCUCAGCUCUCUGAGUUUGCCACCACCAAUCAGAUCAGUCUUGGCCCUCUCAGAAGCAUCGUGAAAAGCCUCCUUCUGGUUCCAAAUGGUGCCUUGAAGAAGAGUCUCACAGCCGAUCAGGUCCGGGCUGAUUUCAUAACUCUUGGUCUUAGUGAGGAGAAAGCCACUUACUUUUCUGAAAAGUGGAAACAGAGUGCUCCCACGCUUGCUCGAUGGGCCAUAGGACAGACUCUGAUGAUUAACCAGCUUAUAGAUAUGGAGUGGAAAUUUGGAGUAACAUCUGGGAGCAGUGAACUGGAGAAAGUGGGAAGUAUUUUUUUACAAUUAAAGUUGGUGGUUCAGAAAGGAAAUCAAACUGAAAAUUUGUACAUAGAAUUAACCUUGCCUCAGUUCUACAGCUUCCUGCACGAGAUGGAGCGAGUCAGAACCAGCAUGGAGUGUUUGAGCUGAUUUCUGGCCCCUUCCCUGCCCCCUUCUCUUCCAUGGGUGGCUGCUCUGAGAGGCACCUCACUCACAGGGCUGUGGGGUGCCGAUAAGGGCCCUGCUUGCUUCUUGGGAGCCCAGGUGCAAAGGUUUCUGGAAAACAACAGGAUUAAGUACUUAAAGAGCCCUAUACGAUUACUCUGUGAAUUCUUUGUUAAGGGAACCUCCAGCACCUAUCUCCUAGGACACUUUUUAGGUAUUCAGACAGGCUAUUACUGCAUCUCAAAUUCAGGGGAGGAAGUAAAUGGUUACCUCCCCAUCAAAGUUCCAGAGUAAACAGAUGGUGCCAUCACUCAAGAUGCACGCUGAUCACCCUCCCCUCAAAAAAGCAAGGGCUUAUUUAUGGCUGACACACGUGGGGAGCCCCCAGCGAUUUUGCUACACACUCUGCAUUUGUGGUGGUGGUGGUGCAUUGCUAAUCGGUUUUUAAUGGGGCACCUGUGUAUAAAUACUUGCUUGGUCUGCUCUGAAAAGAACUGAGGCCAACCUCUGUCCUCAUUUCCAGUUGUGCCCUGUUGUGUUGUAAUGAGGCUAUUUUAGCUUGUUUUGGUUCAGGCUGACCUUCUCUGUUGGUUAGAUGAUGAAUAAAAAAAGGUUCUAAAGAAAA